AUGGUUCAUGCGGAAUGGAGGGGACUUUUAACAGGAGUGGGCCAACGUUUUCCUAGUGCAGAUGUAUUUUGGGUGUCUGUAUACAAGUUUGCACUUGCAAACAAGUUUGUGGCCAAGUAUAUGAGGAAUAGCAAGGAAUUCAUGUCGAUAAGGUGUAAAGUUGAGGGUUGUCCAUGGAAGCUAUGUGCAAAUCAUGUGGGGAAGAGUUGUGAUGUGCUACGAGUGAUGACAUUUAUAAACCGGCAUGUUCAUUCUGCCCAAGAUAGCUUGGACGUGAUGCAUAGUGGAAGAGCUAGUUUGAACUCAUCAAUAAUAAUUGAUGAGAUGAGGGAUCAUGCAGACAAGCGCACUUCUGAGAUAAGAAAGAGGUUGAAACGAGAGUAUGGGAUUGAUCUAACAUAUAAACAGGUAUGCGAAAGGAUAAAGGAAACAGAUGAAAAAUCAGUGGCUGAAUGGACUGCUAUUGGGAACCGGUUUGAGCGUGUUUUCAUUGCCUACGGGGCAUGCAUUGAGGGUUUCUUGGGUGGCGCGAGGCAUAUUAUGUAUGUUGAUGGAAUUCACUUAAGCGGACCAUACAAGGGGACAAUGUUGUCAGCUUCAGCUUAUGAUGCAGAUAACGAGCUGCUGCCAUUUGCAAUUGCAAUUGUGAAGGGAGAAACACUAGAUGACUGA